CAUUGAUUCUAUAAUAGUAGAUGCAGAGUGUUGGAAACGUCCAAAUCCACUUAAGCCGUUUGAGAAAAAAAUCUCUUCAAUAUGUGGUUUGCAAAAAAAGAUAAAAGGUAAACUGACGGCAGAUGUAGGCAAAGAAUCACAAAAAGAUGAAAUCAAUUCCUUGGCUGCAAAAGAAGCAUUUAAAUUUGAUUUCUCUUGCGGAGUUCUGGAUAAAGUUAUAUAUACCCCAAUAACGGUUAAUGCCACUUUUACCGAUUUUUGUAAAGCUCUUAAUGAAUAUGAUGGUAUGAUCCUUAGAGCAGCGAGCGCGGCAAGAACGAUCCUUUCGCUAGAUGAUAAUAAGGUGGUUAGACAAUAUCCUCAGGCAUUGGCAAAACAAUUUUUGUUGGAACCAACACCAAAGUGGGGAUCCUUUGACAUUCAAGCUUUCUUUAAUGCUCAAGCUGACUUAUUCUUUAAAGGAGACGGUGUGAUUAAAAAAAAGGCUGCCUUGAUGUUUCGAACCUCUUCUGUAAGUACGUUGACGGCUCUACAUAGGGCCUUGAUUACUAAUGGGAUUGAAUUAUCAGCAACAUAUAAAAGUACUAAUAAGCCUAUUAGAGUUGCAAUAAUAUGCUGUUCUUGUGAUAUCCCAGCUGCAAAAAAGCUUUGCAGUUAUAUAUCUGCAUGUAUGGCUUAUUAUAGAUGUUUAAAAAAGCACAAUUUAAUGAUUGUAAUCAACCAAAUUUUGGUGGAUUUGACGAUAUUGAAAGGAAUAUUGAUCAAAUUCGAAAAAAUGCAUAAGAAUGGUUGGGCUGUAAUACUAAAGAUGCUAGAAUUAUUCAUAUACAUAAUACUUCAGUACACUAGUCUAAAAUGUAUUGCAAAAUGGAUCAUAACAGUAUUAUGGAUUAAAGCAGGUCGAUUGAAACAAAAUGAUCUUAAAACAAUGCAAAAUAGGGCUAAGCUAAUAAAAGUUCCAGCAUAUAUUGGCAGGAUUACAUAUAGAAUUGAUAUAGGAGAGGAGUUCUCGAUUUUAUCACAAAUCUGUGAAAAACUUUCAUCCUUGUGUACGCAACUAUGA